UAUAUACACAUCUCUCUCAAAUUUCAUCGUUCCCCUGUAUCAAUGUGCCCGUACAAAUCAGUCCCACAUAUAUACAGAUUGACGAUCAUGGCCUAAUUUCCGUCUUUCAUAUCCGAUCCAAUAAUCCCACCCGGAUCAUAGACAACAAACCCACCAAAUUGAAACCGGAGCCGACCAAUUACUAGAUCCAUCACGAAUGGCAGCUUCGCGUCGGCUCCGGGAACUACAGUCGCAACUGGGCAACAAGAUCUGUGUGGACUGCUCACAGAAGAAUCCCCAAUGGGCCUCCGUAUCCUACGGUGUCUUUAUGUGCCUCGAGUGCUCCGGCAAACACCGUGGCCUCGGUGUUCAUAUCUCCUUCGUACGAUCAGUCACUAUGGAUUCGUGGUCGGAGAUCCAGCUAAAGAAAAUGGAACUCGGGGGAAAUGAUAAAUUAAAUCAAUUUAUGGUCCAGUACGGAAUCCCCAAGGAAACUGAAAUUGUAACGAAAUACAAUACCAAUGCAGCCUCUGUUUAUCGUGAUCGCAUCCAGGCCCUUGCUGAGGGCAAACCCUGGCGUGACCCCCCUGUUGUUAAGGAAACUUUGAAAUCCAAUACUAUUAGCAAUGCUAGAUACAACAAUAAACCGCCAUUGAGUGGAGGUGUUAAUGGUGGUAGGAAUGAUAGUUUUGGGAAUAAUGGAGGAGGGGAUAAUUGGGAUACAUGUGAUAACGGAGGGACUACUAAUAGUAAUUCUAACAAUAUUAGGAGGAACAAUACUGUAGGGGACUUUAGGGAAGGUGGAAAUGUGGGCGGCGCCCCAGCAAAGUCGAAGUCCACUAAUAACAUUUAUUCUCAAGCUCAAUUGGAGGCUUCAGCUGCCAAUAAGGAGGGCUUCUUUGCAAGGAAAAUUGCAGAGAAUGAGUCCCGGCCCGAGGGCCUCCCUCCCUCCCAGGGUGGGAAGUAUGUUGGAUUUGGAUCGAGUCCAUCCAUGCCGAGGAACAUUUCUGAGCCGGAUGUUCUUUCCACUCUUACUCAGGGAUUUGGUAGGUUAUCAGUGGUUGCUGCCUCAGCUGCUCAGUCAGCUGCAAAUGUUGUUCAAGCAGGGACUAAGGAGUUCACUUCUAUGGUAAAGGAGGACGGCCAUGAUUACAAGGUGAAUGAAACUGUCAAUGUUGUGACUGCAAAAACUUCAGAGAUUGGUCAGAAGACAUGGGGACUCAUGAAAGGAGUAAUGGCUUUGGCUUCACAGAAGGUUGAGGAGUACACUAAAGAAGGCUCUGACUGGAAGAAUGAUGGCUGGCAACAAAAUGAAAAUGAGAGAACUGGUUACUAUCAGGAGUUUGGACAGGAGUCUAAAGGUUUGAAUACUUCAGCUGGAGCACAGAAAUUGUCUGCUCGACAAUCUAACUCUGUCAGUUCUGGUUCCUGGGAUGAUUGGGAUAGCAAAGAUAGUAGGAAAGAAGAUUCGUCAAAGGGGCUGACAUCCCAGAAUGGGGAUAGCUGGGCAGGCUGGGAUGAUGCUAAAGAUGAUGGGUACGAUAAUUUCCAUCAAAAUGCAUCUGAUCACAAGGCUGCAGGUUAUAACAGCAAAUCAGAAAACAAGUGGACUGAGGGUGGUUUUCAUUGAGGUUAGCAAGUCCCAUUCCAAUUUUUUCCAUUUUUCUUCUUCACAAUUUAUUUCCUCCCAAUUGAACUCUGUAGAGAACUAGUUGAAAUGUUUGCAUGCUGAAAAUAGUCCAUAACUGUAAAAUUUCCUAUAGUGGGAUUGCAAUAUGCCCAAGGAAUAUAAAAGAUUGUUUUAUGUUGCAUGGAACCUUUAUUUUUUGAGUUUUAUAUUUAAUAGACUGCAUUUAAAAUUGUAAUGAAUUUGUUUGCCAUUUAAUGUCUUA